AUGGAAGGAGAGGAAUAUGACAAGAUUUUGGUAUUGAAUUUCGGUUCUCAAUACUUUCAUUUGAUUGUAAAAAGAUUAAACAAUAUAAAAAUAUUUAGUGAAACUAAAGAUUAUGGUGUUGAAUUAAAAGAUAUUAAGGAUAUGAAUAUAAAAGGUGUUAUAUUAUCGGGUGGUCCAUAUUCAGUAACAGAGUCUGGUUCUCCACAUUUAAAGAAAGAAGUAUUUGAAUAUUUUUUAGAAAAGAAGAUUCCAAUUUUUGGUAUAUGUUAUGGUAUGCAAGAGAUAGCAGUCCAGAUGAAUGGUGAGGUUAAGAAAUCUAAGACAUCCGAAUAUGGAUGUACUGAUGUAAACAUAUUAAGAAAUGAUAAUAUUAAUAAUAUAACAUAUUGUAGAAAUUUUGGUGAUAGUUCAUCUGCUAUGGAUUUAUAUUCUAAUUAUAAAUUAAUGAAUGAGACUUGUUGUUUAUUUGAAAAUAUUAAAAGUGACAUUACAACAGUUUGGAUGAAUCAUAAUGAUGAAGUUACAAAAAUUCCAGAAAAUUUUUAUUUAGUUAGUUCAAGUGAAAAUUGUUUAAUAUGUUCUAUAUAUAAUAAAGAAUAUAAUAUAUAUGGUGUUCAAUAUCAUCCAGAGGUGUAUGAAUCAUUAGAUGGAGAAUUAAUGUUUUAUAACUUUGCUUAUAAUAUAUGUAAAUGUAAAAAACAAUUUGAUCCAAUACGUUAUCAUGAAUUAGAAUUAAAAAAUAUUGAGAAAUAUAAACAUGAUCAUUAUGUUAUAGCAGCUAUGUCUGGGGGUAUAGAUAGUACUGUUGCUGCUGCAUAUACACAUAAAAUUUUUAAAGAACGAUUUUUUGGUAUUUUCAUAGAUAAUGGAUUAUUAAGAAAAAAUGAAGCGGAAAAUGUAUAUACCUUUUUAAAAUCUACAUUUCCUGAUAUGAAUAUAACAAAAAUUGAUGCUUCUGAAAAUUUCUUAUCAAAUCUACAAGGAGUUACAGAUCCAGAACAAAAAAGGAAAAUUAUAGGGAAAUUAUUUAUUCAAGAAUUCGAAAAGGCAGUAAAUAAUAUUGAUAUAGAUAUAAACAAAACAUUUUUAUUACAAGGUACUCUAUAUCCAGAUAUUAUUGAAAGUAAGUGUUCAAAAAAUUUAUCUGAUACUAUUAAAACUCAUCAUAAUGUAGGAGGUUUACCAAAAAAUUUAAAGUUUAAAUUGUUUGAACCUUUCAAAUAUUUAUUUAAAGAUGAUGUUAAAACAUUAUCUAGAGAAUUAAAUUUACCAGACGAAAUUACUAAUAGACAUCCUUUCCCAGGACCUGGAUUAGCAAUUAGAGUUAUUGGAGAAAUAAAUAAACACAAAUUAAAUAUAUUAAGAGAAGUUGAUGAUAUUUUUAUAAACGAUUUAAAACAAUAUGGAUUAUAUAAUCAAAUCAGUCAAGCUUUUGCUGUACUUUUAUCAUCAAAAUCUGUAGGUGUAAGAGGUGAUGCAAGAUCAUAUGAUUAUGUUUGUGUUCUUAGAGCUGUCAAAACAUCAUCUUUUAUGACAGCAAAUUGGUAUCAAAUACCUUAUGAUAUUCUUGAUAAAAUAACUACUAGAAUAUUGAGUGAAGUAAAGGGCGUCAACAGAAUAUUAUAUGAUGUAUCAUCAAAACCACCAGCAACAAUUGAAUUCGAAUGA